CUCCCAUCCCUAGGCACCCAAAGUUGUUGAUCAACUCAGGCUGUGACAGACACACUGUUCGUUUCCUGGGAACUAGCAAAAGCUAGCAUUGUGGCUGUUUAAGUCACAGAGGCUUUUCUGAUGCUCCUCCAGGGCAGGGGGGCCCUCAGCUGGGGGUCCUGAAUCCAAGAUCCAAAAUGGAGUUGCCCACGCGUGACACUUACCCUCUCCCAUCUCCCUCUCCUGUCUCCCCUCCCUACCCAGGCCCCUCUUGGACCCUUCCCACCUCUGGUCUUUCUCUUUGGUCAGCUGGGAAUAAAUUGGGAGGGAGGUGCCCACAGAGGGCAGAGGCCUAGAAGGGAGGAGCCACUGGGAUUAUAAAGACCGCUCAACUCUCAGAACUGGAUCCCUGGGAAUCUGCUGUUAGCUGCUGGAGCGGUGACCAUUCUCAGGACCCUCACCAUGAAACACCUCCUGCUGCUCACCCUGUCUGCCCUACUCUACUGCUGGGUCUCAGCUGACAUUCGAUGUCACUCUUGCUACAAAGUCCCUAUGGUGGGCUGUGUGGAUCGCCAGUCCUGCCGCCUGGAGCCUGGCCACAAAUGCAUGACAACAAACGUGUACCUUGGGAAGAUGUGGAUUUUCUCUAACCUGCGCUGUGGCACACCAGAGGAGCCUUGUCGGGAGGUCUUCAACGAAACCACCCACAAGCUGGGUCUGAACUACAACACCACCUGCUGUGACAAGGAUAACUGUAACAGCCCGGCUCCACGGCCCACACCCACACUGGCCCUCAUCUCCCUCACCUCCUUGGGUGGCCUUGGCCUCUGGCUAUUGCAUUGAGAGCUGUUCCAUGGCUAUACUCUUCCCACCUUCUGAAGCCUGAGCCUUUCUCCCCGUGUCCUCAGAGCUCCGGCUUUCCAGAACCCUCUCUCCUUCUCGCCCCUGGCUUCUCUUCUGAAGAUCAUUUCUCUAGUCCUAUACCAUUUAUUUCAUGGAACUGUGCCUGAAGUGGCCUUUCUAGCCACGGCUCUGCUCCCUCACUUGUCACCCUACACUCCAUUUCCCGCCAAGUCCUUUCCCAUUUCCUUCUAGAA